GCUCACGCGCAGCUGCUUCACGCGCAGGUGAAAUCUGUUCUUGCAGAAGCGAAGCCUAAACGGCUGCAGCCUUGUUUCCUAGCUCCCCCGUUUGCCGGCCCUAGGUUCGCCGCCUCGCCCUUCAUCAUAGAUCGGCGCCUACUGGCAUUCGCAGGUGCUACCAAGCAGAACCGAGACGUGCCCAGCUUCUCCAGCUCGGGCAUAGAUACCCUCAGCUCAUGGAAUCUUCGUCGGCGGGCCAAUGCACCGCGUCGCCCGACUCGGCCAUUGCCGACGUCAACUCGGCUUCGGCCGCGUCGGCCGGCGGCGAGCCGUCGUCUCACCGUGGAGGAGAUAACGCUGGAGCCGCCGACACGGCGACCUCGACCUCCGGCCGCACUCCGGACAGCGCCAGGAGCGCCUCGGGAACCGGAGGCGGCGAGCAGGUGCCUCACCAGAUGACUCACUCGUACUCCCUGAGUGCCAUUCCCACUGACCAGGGACACCGGGACAAGAAGAGGUCCACGGCCAGGAGCUCUCUGCCCACAGGUUAUUCCGAGGCCUCGUACCGCAACGAGGACUACGCCCCCAGACAGUCGCCCCAGCAGCAGCAGUUCGCGGCGCACCAGCAGAUGGACUCACUGCCGCGACCCUACCCACCCCAGUCCAAGAGUUAUGGGUACGCGCCCAAGGACCUGGCACGAUCCAUGGGAUCCACGGCGCUUCAGCGCGAGGACUCGUCCGGAGGGUACGCCAUGGAAAGUUCUAUGGCCAAGGGAGAUCCCGGGCGCGCCGUGCGCAUCGACUACAGAGCCCCGGUUCCCCACGGCAUGAGCCGCAGCUUGCCCAAGCAGUCCUACUUUCCAGACGAAGAAGGUGAGCGCGUGUACUAUCCGUCGCGCAGUGCCGUGUGCUUGCAGGACGUGCCCCAGAAGCAACAGUACGCGGAGCCCUACUACACACCGCACAUGCACCGCAAGGCUGACCCCGGUGGAAGAGUCUCGAGUUCGUCCUCCUUCAAGCCCAAGCGCGUCGUCGACGAUCGGCACGCCGAGCAGCGCUACUACGCCCCGUACUCGGCCGGGCUCGUGCACCCUAUGGUUGCCUACGACGACCUCGAAUACCGCAAGAAGAUGGCGGCUUACACGGGAGACCAGCGCUGGAUGUACAAUCGCUACCAGACGCACCACCAACAGUACGCAGUGCACAUGAUGCAGGAAGCCGGUGGCAACGAGGCCUGUCGCGAGGCCGGAGACACCGUGGUCGUCAAGUCGUCCGGAGACUCUGGCGGGGAAGUCUCCAAGUACGCCGCCAUGUCUCAACAGAAGCUGACACCCGAAGACGUUAGCUCGAUGUACGUCAUCGUUCGCGACGCUCAGACGGGCACCGACACUCCGCUGCCCGCAACAGUGGAUAUCGACGAAUCUCCGCCGCCUUCAAAAGCGGCGGAGAUGCCCUUGCUUGGCGAAGUCGCCGCCCGGCGGAACCAGGAGGCUUCGGGUUCCUCGUCGUCCUCUUCGUCGAGCGAGGAUGAAGAAGAAGAAUCGUCGAGUUCGGAGUCGUCGUCUAGCUCGGCCACACCUGUGAACCCAGCUCCCACCGCCGAAGACUUCAUGACUCCCGAAGUUGCCCAGCAGCGGCUGAUUGCCCAACAACUCCAGCAGCUUCAGCUGCAGCACCAGCAGCAUCUGAUGAACAUGACUCAGCAGGAGUACGCGGAUUAUCAGGAAGCCUUGCGAAUCUACGAAAACUACUGUCAGCAGCUGCAGCAGCAGCAGCAGCAACAGCAACAGCAGCUGAUGGCGCAGCAGCAACAGCAGCGCCAGCAACUUCAGCAGCAGCAGCAACAGAUGCAACAGCAGAACCAGUUCCAGCAACAGUCCCAUCAGCAACUGCAACAACAGAACCCGUUCCAGCAACAGUCCCAUCAGCAACUGCAACAGCAGCAGCAGCAGCCGCCGCUUCAGCCGCAGCAGCUGCAGCAGCAAAAGAGUCAGCAGCAGUUUCAUCAGCAGCAGCAGCUGGACCUUCGCGGUGCACUGCCAGAGAAGAAGAAAUCCGUGUACUUCGCCGGCGCUACCACCGAAGGCGCGGGAGAGAUGGCCGUUCGUGUUCCGGGUGAAGGCUCCAGCAUUCGCUCAUUCCAGUCGCGAACCAGCGGGGAUGUUGGACCCGGCGAGGUUAGCGUCGAGGACAACCGCAGCCUACUUUCGAGCAACACGAACAUGGUGACUCCGCUGCUUCGGCCCCUGCUGCCCGAACGAGCCGGACGUACUGCAACCAAGGACAAGAUGGAGCAUCUCUGCCUCGCCGUCAAUGUGAUCUUGUUCAGCGUGCUGGCCGGCGUCGUGGCAGCUUUCAUUGUUCAGCAGGUGACCCACGCCAUGUGA